CCCGUCGCUUCGUGCCGUGACGCCUGGUUUAAGCUCCGCCCAGGCUUUCUAAAAGGUCACGUCGCGCUGCAGCAGUGAAACAGGAGACCGUUCCGCAUCCUCUGCGCACACCUCACUUGAUCUCUAUCAGCAGCCACCAUGACUCACCAGUAUCCCGCACUGACCCCUGAGCAGAAGAAGGAGCUGCAGGACAUUGCUCAUAGGAUAGUAGCUCCAGGCAAAGGCAUCCUCGCAGCUGAUGAGUCCACCGGCAGCAUGGCAAAGCGUUUGAACCCCAUUGGGGUCGAGAACACUGAGGAGAACAGGCGCCGCUACCGCCAGUUGCUCUUCACAGCCGACCAGCGCAUCGACAGCUGUAUCGGAGGUGUGAUCUUCUUCCAUGAAACCCUCUACCAGAACACUGACGAUGGCGUCAACUUCGCCAAGCUCAUCAAAGACCGCGGCAUUGUCGUUGGCAUCAAGGUUGACAAGGGUGUUGUACCCCUCGCUGGAACAAAUGGAGAGACCACCACUCAGGGUCUGGAUGGGCUGUCCGAGCGAUGCGCGCAGUAUAAGAAGGACGGCGCAGAUUUCGCCAAGUGGCGUUGUGUGCUGAAGAUCAGCGAAACCACACCGUCUGAGCUGGCCAUCUUUGAGAACGCCAACGUGCUGGCACGAUAUGCUAGCAUCUGCCAACAGAAUGGUAUUGUUCCAAUUGUGGAGCCUGAGAUCCUUCCCGAUGGAGAUCAUGACCUGAAGCGUUGCCAGUACGUCACCGAGAAGGUCCUUGCUGCAGUGUACAAGGCUCUGUCGGACCACCACGUGUACCUCGAGGGGACACUGCUGAAGCCCAACAUGGUCACAGCUGGACACUCCUGCCCAACUAAGUACAGCAGUGAAGAAAUCGCCAUGGCUACUGUUACUGCUCUGCGCCGCACAGUGCCUCCUGCUGUCCCAGGGGUGACGUUCUUGUCUGGUGGCCAGUCUGAGGAAGAGGCCAGUGUGAACCUUAAUGCCAUCAACAACUGCCCACUCCCCAAGCCCUGGGCCCUGACUUUCUCCUACGGCCGUGCCCUGCAGGCCUCAGCUCUUAACGCCUGGAAAGGACAGCUGAACAACGAGAAGGCCGCCACCGAGGAGUUCGUCAAGCGCGCCGAGGCUAACGGUCUGGCUGCACUCGGCAAGUACGAGUCUUCCGGAAGUGGCACCGCCGCAGCCCAGUCCCUCUACGUGGCUAAUCACGCCUAUUAAACAGCAAACUACCACGUUGAGCUGUGGCAUAGUUAUAGUCUUAUAUCUGCUCUGCUGUCUCCCUUCUUCACUCCUCCAUCAAUCACAGGCCUGUGCUGUCUGCUUUACUUUAGAGUUCUUAAAUUUACAUUAUUAGAUAUGUGUAUUUGAAACCAUCAUGUGACAUCACAGUACAAAAGGAAACAGACAUGGGUCAUCUGUCUUUUUUUGUUUGUUUUUUUUUAAAUUCCCCCCAGUUUCAACAAAUGGUUAGUUUUGAGACAAUUUGAAGUUAAACGGUUGGAGGAUAAUCAAAAAUGUUUAGUCAGUAUUCAUUCCACAUUCCUUCUUUCACGCAGCUGUCUCUGCCCACUUCACACAAAAUAUCAAAUCACUCCCAAGCAGGCCAGAUCAGCAUGUUUGUGUCAGUGUUUCGCUUCUGUCAGAACGGCAUUUGUUCAUUGUUGAAACGCUCUACUAACAUCCGCACUGACACCAAGUGGGACCAACUGCUUAUUAGUGGCAUCAGAACAUGCGUUAAGGAGCAAGAUGGCCGACGAGGUGAAAAUGUUGAGCCGAGUUGAUCUUUUGAACAAAAGCGUGGAGUGCUCUGUUGUGCUUUCAGACAGAUGUAUAUCUAGUAGAUGUUAGCAGGCACAUACUGUAAUAAGCCACUACACACCAGGAUUCUUCCUUUUUCUUUUUUUCUUUUUUUGUUCUUGUGCUCCUUAUCACCAUUAUUGAAUUUUAAAACAAACAACCAUCUUGUGUGUCUGUUCAUUAGCUUAACAUUACAUGCAGUAAUCGAUGUAUUCAGUUGUGUGAAGGUGUCAAUAUUAUGUGAUGCUAGUGUGUCAUCCUCCCACCUGAUUUCCCCCCUGCCUGCCCUACCGAACGACCAGACUAGUUUCUAUCGACAUUCACAUCCAAUGGACCAAUGGCGUGGGGUCAGCAGCGGGGAAACGGUCGCUGCUGUGUUGGAGUACUGUGCCGUUUGUGGUGUUAAUAUUGUUCUUUAAGCACUUGGUGUGUCAAAUAGUGGAGAAAAAUAAACUAAAACCUUAAAACAUCA